AGAAGGGCCGGCGGGAGCUGUGCUCUGGAAUUGCAAGGGGCUGAGGUGGGAUCCUGAGAACUUAGGCGAGGCGGCUGGACCUGGAAGCGGCCACAGCUGAAGAUUUGAGCCUUCCUCUCCAGCAAAGAGACUACUGUUGUGUGGGGAAUGCCUUAUCUUUCCAGGACAGAAACAGACCCCAUGACCUGCCAGAGGGGAUGCUGGCAUUUUUCAGAAUAGGCGCUGGAGUUCCAGAGCCAAACAGGGAAGGGUGGCGUGGCCAGUUCUGGCCCAUCCCAGAGUUGUCAGAAGCCGCAAGUUGGUCUCAGUCCAGAUCUUCACCCGUCGCAGGCGCCCUCCAAGAUUGGUUUUCCUGCUUGUGGUAGCAAUUCUCUGAGCACCUGGAACCAGGACCAGUCAACUGCUGACAGCCAGCCAGCCAGCCAUCGGCCCAAGGGCACUGCUCCUCCUCAGCUCUGGACUUCCAUCCCCAGGACUUUUAACUGGAUUUUUUGGCAGGCCUUCUGAGGAGCUGGGGCAUGGCAUCUUGAAGCCCAGGAUAUCCGGGGUCAUCUCCUGCUCUCUGUGCCCUGCCCUUCAGAGCCCCAGCCUUCCAGUUCAGGAUGGGGAGGGAGCAGGACCUGAUUCUUGCUGUGAAGAAUGGGGAUGUAGCUGGGGUACAGAAGCUGGUGGCCAAAUUCAAGGCAGCUAAAAGCAAACUCCUCGGCUCCACUAAGAAGCUCAACGUAAACUACCAGGAUACAGAUGGGUUCUCAGCUCUGCACCAUGCAGCCUUGGGAGGCAGCCUGGAACUGAUGGCAUUAUUACUAGAGGCACAAGCCACAGUGGAUAUCAAAGACAGCAAUGGCAUGCGUCCCUUGCACUACGCAGCCUGGCAGGGCCGGCUGGAACCCGUGCGCCUGCUCCUGAGAGCAGCCGCUGCCGUCAAUGCUGCUUCCCUGGACGGGCAGAUCCCGCUGCACCUGGCGGCCCAGUACGGGCAUUAUGAAGUGUCAGAAAUGCUUCUGCAGCAUCAGUCUAACCCCUGCCUCGUCAACAAGGCUAAGAAGACCCCUCUGGAUUUGGCCUGUGAGUUUGGACGACUCAAGGUAGCCCAGCUACUCCUAAAUAGCCACCUAUGUGUGGCUUUGUUGGAGGGCGAGGCCAAGGAUCCAAAUGACCCCAACUACACCACCCCCCUGCACCUGGCGGCCAAGAAUGGGCACAAGGAGGUUAUCAGGCAGCUGCUGAGAGCUGGGAUUGAGAUCAACCGCCAGACAAAGACAGGCACCGCCCUGCAUGAGGCAGCGCUCUACGGCAAGACCGAGGUGGUGCGGUUGCUGCUGGAGGGUGGUGUGGACGUGAACAUCAGGAAUACGUAUAAUCAGACAGCCCUGGAUAUCGUGAACCAGUUCACUACUUCCCAGGCCAGCCGGGAAAUCAAGCAGUUACUGCGGGAAGCAUCAGGGAUCCUGAAGGUCCGGGCUCUCAAGGAUUUCUGGAACCUCCAUGACCCUACUGCCCUCAAUAUCCGGGCUGGAGACAUCAUCACGGUUCUUGAACAGCACCCUGAUGGACGAUGGAAGGGACAUAUACAUGAGAGCCAACUGGGCACUGAUCGGGUGGGAUACUUCCCACCGGGCAUUGUGGAAGUGGUCAGCAAGCGGGCUGGGGUCACCAUACCCCGCCCCGCAGCUGGGACCAUACCGCUGCGCCCAAAUUUUGCCAGGACCCCUCAGCUGCCAACUGAUGACUCCCUGCACCCUCUCACUUAUAGCCAACUUCCUCGGGUUGGCAUUAGCCCAGAUAGCCCAGCAGCCAGUGACAGAAACAGUGUGGGCAGUGAAGGGAGUGUGGGCAGCAUCCGCAGUGCAGGUAGCGGUCAAAGUUCAGAGGGCCCAAAUGGACACAACACUGGCCUCCUCAUUGAGAAUACCCAGCCACUGACCCCUACUGGAGAGGACCUGUCUCUGCCUGGCCUACACCCCACAUCCCUACCAGAAGGCUUGAGCCACUGGUCUCUGACGAACCAUCGCCCUAGGGAACAAAUCUUCAACCAGGAUGUGAGACCGGAACAGCUGCUGGAGGGGAAGGAUGCUCAGGCUAUUCACAACUGGCUGAGCGAGUUCCAGCUGGAAAGCUAUACCACUCACUUCCUGCAGGCUGGUUACGACGUGCCAACCAUCAGCCGAAUGACGCCAGAGGACCUGACAGCCAUUGGGGUGACGAAGCCUGGGCACAGAAAGAAAAUUGCUACUGAGAUCACCCAGCUUAACAUUGCAGAAUGGCUACCCAGCUACAUCCCGGCGGACCUACUGGAGUGGCUGGGGGCCCUGGGGCUGCCUCAGUAUCACAAACAACUAGUGAGCAGUGGCUAUGAUUCCAUGGGGCUGGUAGCCGACCUCACCUGGGAAGAGCUGCAGGAAAUUGGAGUCAAUAAACUCGGCCAUCAGAAGAAGCUGAUGCUGGGAGUGAAACGUCUGGCAGAGCUUCGAAGGAGCUUGCUGCAGGGGGAGGGUCUGAGUGGGAGUGGGGGUGGUGGUGGGAGGCAAGUGGCAGGGGGUCCAGAAGUGAUGGCUAUUGAGGGAUUGGAGAAUGGUGAUGGCCCUGCCGGACCCCGGUUGGUCACCUUCCAAGCCAGUGAACUCAGCCCUGAACUGCAAGCAGCCAUGGCGAGGGGUACCCCAGAGCCACUGACCUUACCCCCAACCCGUUCUCCUAGCCAGGAGAGUAUUGGGGCACGUUCUAGGGGUUCUGGGCACUCUCAGGAACAACCUACCCCUAGAUCCAAUACUGGGCACCCCAGUCCUCCUCCAGAGAGGAAUCUCCCAGAGGGUAACGAACACCCUUCCAGCAAGGACACACCCCCCUAUAUGCUCAUGCAUCCCCAAAGUUCACCCCCUAGUCCAGCUCCUGUGCCAUCUUCUAGUGUCCCCCGGGCCUUCUCCUACCUGUCUGCUUCCUCUUCAACUCCUCCUGACCCUCCCCGACCCAAACGCCGCUCCCACAGCUUGAGCCGCCCAGGACUGACAGAAGGGGAGGCUGAAGGACCAGUAGGUAGUGCCUUGGACAGCUAUGCUACUCUGACCCGGCGCCCUGGUCGAAGUACCCUGACCCAGGUCAGCCCUGGCUCUGCUCUAACUAGGGGAGCUCCCCGUAGCCAGUCCUUUGCCCUACGGGCUCGCCGAAAAGGGCCCCCACCUCCACCUCCCAAGCGCCUCAGCUCUGUCUCUGGUACUACGCCUGACUCUCUUCUGUCUGGUGGGAGCCCAGGGCCCGAAGAAGAAGCUGUAGCAUCCAGGAGACGCACACUGAGUGAACCAACUGGUCCUUCGGAUCCCCCGGGCUCUCCUGCACCUGGGAGUCCUGCUUCAGAUACAGAAGAGGAGCGGGGUUCUGAAGGGACAUCCCAUUCCCGGGGCAGCUCUGGUGAGGGACUGCCCUUUGCUGAAGAAGGCAACCUGACUAUCAAGCAGCGGCCCAAGCCUGCCGGCCCCUUGAACCGUGAGGUCUCUAUUCCCCCUGGACUUGACUUCAACCUCACAGAGUCAGAUACUGUCAAGCGGAGGCCCAAAUGUCGGGAGAGAGAGCCACUGCAGACAGCACUUCUGGCUUUUGGAGCUGCCACUCCCACCCCAAUCCUCUCGGCCCCAUUGCCUUCACAGCCCACCACCGAUUCCCCGGCACCUCCCCCAUCCAACACUUUGACUCCCACCCCUCCAGUUCCUGGCCCUAACAACUCACUGACUCUUAACACCACUGCCUCCUCCCUCUCCACCAAUAUCCUGACUCAGAUUCCUGGUCCCCAGUUGCCUGGGUCUGGCCUGGAGGACUCAGUGGCCACCCAGCAAAAGGGGGAAAUGUCCUCAGCUCCCCUGGCCCUCAUCAAGGUGCCAGUAGGAGGUGUAUCUCCCAAACCUGUGUCAGUGGCUUGUACACAACUUGCAUUCUCAGGGCCUAAGCUGGCUCCCAAACUUGGUCCUCGCCCUGCCCCCCCACCAAAACCUGAGAACGGGGGAGCACCCAUUGCUGCUCAUGCCCAGCAGAGACUAGAGCAGACCAGCUCCUCCCUGGCAGCUGCCCUGAGGGCUGCUGAAAAGAGCAUCGGUGUUGAGGAUCGAGAAGGCCUUUCCCAACCUGGCAAUUCCAAGCACAUCCUGGAUGAUAUCAGCACCAUGUUUGAUGCCUUAGCUGACCAACUGGAUGCUAUGCUAGAUUGAGCGGAAACCUAGCUCUUCACGCAAAUGACAGCUUUGCUCCAGCAAGGAAGAAGUUAACAGUACGUAGGCAAGGGCUGGGACCUGCAAGAAGCAGGAGCAGAACUGGAGUGCCCUUCCGUGCCUGCUCCUCCUGUAAGCCAAUACCUGUCAGUACCACAGCUCCACCCCUGAACAGCCCCUAGCCUGAGGGGCGAAGCAAACUUGUUGGAGCCUGACAGGCUCAGGGGCCCCAGCUCUAGCACCUGGCCUUGUGUAAUCUGACCUGAUAGCUCUGCCCCCUUGGACAUGGCCUCUGGGAAAAGCUUCCUCUCCAGGCUGUAGGGGACAAAGGCCUUGUGGUAUUUUGUUCCUGCCCACUCCUGUCUUCAUCCCCAGCCAGUGUAUCCUGGGAGGGACAGACCUGACAGGCAAAAGAACUUUCCCCAGAAAAGAAUGACUUCUUAUGGAUGACUGGAAGGGGUUCGAGAUGAAGGGAUGGUUAGAAGCAAAGUUCAAGCCCUUGACCUAUCCAGGAUGGUCUUCUUUGCUGUCCCAGUGCCUGCUCCCAGCUGGACCUGUGUGUGUAUAUAGGACAUGUAAAUAGGCCGUGCUGGGUCUGUCAGCAGGGCAUGGCACCUAGAAGCUAUGAAGCCACAACCAGGUGCCCAUCAGUCUCCUUACCCUCGUUCCCCUUUCCCCCACUGCUCUGACAAAGCUGCUGUGAUGUUGGGUGUGGUGCCCAGGCUGUGUUAUGGGCCUGGUGUUAUUGGCCAACUUGUGUGUAAUUCCAGAUUUUUUUAAGCAGAGAGAAAGGUGUAUAUUUUAAAUGGAAUUUUCUCUAUUAACAGGCAGGGAGGGGCUGUAGCUACCUUGGACCAGAGAAGUGCUCUGGUUAAGUCAGCAGCCCCCUCUCUCUGACCAUUAACCCCUUCCCAACACUAACUUCAAUGAAAGACUCAUUCCACUUGA